AUGAACAUGUACGAAGCGCCAGGGGGGUGCUCAGUCUUUAGAGCCUUCCAGAGUUGGCUCGGGCUAUCUCGGCAUGGUCCACAGCAAGGCACUCUUGUGGUUCAUCCCAUCUUGCAGCCCUCCACUGCAUAUUGGAUGCUUCGACCUUUUUUCAAGCCCACUCGAAAGAGUUCUUUAGAUGGUUGGAAGUUCUCCCUGGAUGAUGAUGAAGGCAAUGUCUAUCUGCAUGGAGCAAAUCCAGGAACUGCCCAAGAGCAUACUCCAGACCACCAUCCCCACCUAAUGCUCCACAAAACCAUGAUACCGUAUCCGACCGUUGAUCCUGGUGAUACUGUGUUCUGGAGUGCCGACACCAUACACGGCACGGAGGGUGAAAACACAGGAGACACGGAUGCCUCAACGUGA